AUGGAUGAAUCUGAAUUUCGAGCUGAAUAUGCUAAAUCAGACCGAUCAACAUGCCAAGGAUGUCAAUCGACCAUAGACAAAAAUUCACUUCGACUUGCUAUUAUGGUUCAAUCCCCAACAUUUGAUGGAAAAAUUCCAACUUGGUACCAUACGGAAUGGUUUUUUUUUAAAGUCACACCUGCAGAUGCACAAAUAACAACAGGUUUUGAUAAUCUACGUUGGGAUGGUCAAGAAAAAAUUCUUAAAAAAAUUGAUGAUACAUUAGAAAAUAAAUUAAAUGAUGAAUCCAGUGAAAUCGAAACUGAUUCGGAAUUUUUCAGUGUUGAAUAUGCUAAAUCAAACCGAAGUACAUGUAAUAGUUGUUACAAAAAUAUUGAUAAAAAUCUUGUUCGUUUAUCAACAAGAUUUCCAACAGGAUAUUAUAAACCAACUGAUAACUGGUAUCAUGUUGAUUGUUUUAAAAUGCGUAAAAAUAGCCUUUUUUUGAUGGAACUGUUGAAAUUUGACGCAGUUGCUGAUUGUAUGACAUUUGAUGCAUUAGAACAUUGUCCUGAAUGUGAAGGAUUUCUUAUCUUUGAAUGUUUUAGUCAUUCAUCUUAUCCUCGUACAGGUGAUGUUACAGAAUGGACGAAAUGUACUUAUUCAACAAGAGCACCAACAAGAAAGCCAUUUGAUAUACCUACUGAUAUUAAAAAUACAUAUGAUGCUUUUAAAUCAUACAACUAUAAAAAACGUGAUCGAAUUUUAGCACAAGUAAUUGAGAAACAAGUUACAAUUGCUAAAGCAUCUGAUGUUUCACGAGUUAUUCAAGAGUCUUUAUUAAUGUAUGUUUAA